GUACAUUUACUCUGUGUAAAUUGUUAAUAAUCGGACAUUAUUAUAAUUGUUGCCACUUGAAUCAAUUUAAAUUUUAAUUGUUCUUUCCCAAUGGUUUGACCACUUCAAUUAAUUUCCUUUAAUCGACCAUCAUCUUCGUCUUUGUGGUCAUCCUGUUGUCCUUCUCCGAUUCUCAAAAUCUAUUUGUCUUCUUUCUCUCUUCUUUUCUUUUUAACCCGUCAACUUCUUAAUCUUCCUUUGCCCAUCUUUGUUUUAUUUUCAAUUAUUUUCUAUCGUUUUUUAUUUAAUUUUUCCUUUUUUAUUAUCUUAAAAGUGUUUAUUCAAUCAUCAAUUGUCAAGUGUAUCCAUUUUAUUUUAUCUUUUAAAGUGUAUCUUACUUAAUACUAUUUGUUUGUUGUAAAUUGGUUUUAUCAAUGGCUACCACUAGAAAUGGAAGAAAUCGUGUUCUUGGAGAAGUUGCUAAUGUUGUUCUCGCAGAAAGAGCAAGGCGUAAGCCAUUGGGUACGAUAACUAUUCCUUCAAAAUCUUCUAAAACUGGUAAUGUGUCCAAGGAAAGUGCCAUUGAUAAUAUUAAAGCUGAACUUAAAAAGAAGGCUGUUCAAUGUGAAAAAGAGAAUGAGGUGCUUGAAGACCAGCCCAAAGUGAAAUCUACUAAAGAAUCUGUUAAGGUGGAAGAGGUUAAAGUUGAAGAUAGUUCUAAAUCUACAACGCCUGAAAUUAUCAAAGAAAAUGUGGCGCUUGAAAAUCUUACCCUUCAAGAUGAAAAUCAAUGUGAUGUAUCCUCACAAAUGAGUGUAGAUGAAGAAGUAUGUAAAAUUCUUAUCGAUGAAGAGGUAAUCAAAAUUCAAAUUGAUGAAGAGAUCCCUAAAAUUGAAUCAAAUGAAGAAAUAUCAAAAAUUCAAGUUGACGAAGAAACUGUCAAAAUUUUAGUUGACGAAGAGACACCGAUUAUUACAGAAGAAGAAGCAAAAGCCACCAUUGUUGUCGAUAAGGAAGCAAAAGAGAUUGUAACUAAGUCAGAUCCUCAAUGUGAGGACAAAGAAAACGUUGAGGACUUGGAAAUCUCAUCCUCGCAAGCAGAUAUAACUGAAGAUAUCUCUGAAAUGAGUAUUGACACCUUCGAAUCACAUGAAGAUGACUGGUGCUUCUCUAAAAUGUUAAUCCUAAGUAUCCCCGAAUAUGAAGAGGAAAUUCAAAAAUAUCUAUUGAAACUUCAAGAAAAAACUCGUGCUGACCCAAAGUAUUUAACUAAACACAAAAAUGAAUUAAAUGGUAAAAUGCGAACCAUAUUAAUUGAUUGGAUGGUUGAAGUUGUUGAAGAAUAUAAAAUGACUUCAGAAACAUUGUUUCUCGCUGUUAACUUUGUUGACAGAUUCCUCUCUGAUCUUGGUGUCAUCCGAUCCAAGUUUCAACUUUUAGGAACAACUGCUUUAUUUAUUUCAUCUAAAUAUGAGGAAAUCUAUCCACCUGACGUUCAUGAAUUUGUUUAUAUUACCGAUAAUGCUUAUGACAAAUUUGAUAUUUUAAACAUGGAAGCCCAAAUUCUUAAGACUUUGGAAUUCAAUGUUUCCGCCCCAACAAUCCAUUAUUUUUUACGUAAACAUCUUUGCUCCCUUGGCUUGGAACUCGGUUUACCACAAACUGUUGGCAUAAUGGCAGAGUAUUUGUGUUAUUUAGCUCUGAUGGAAUGUGAUCCCUGUGUAGCCUACCUGCCAAACGAUAUUGCCGUUUCAGCUAUCAUUUUAGCGGCCGAUAUUUUUGGUAUCGACUUAACUUUAUCUGGAGAAACUGGGCAGGCAUUUUUCCCAGGAUAUUCUGAAGAACAACUGAAUGCUCAUUUAGUUGAACUUCAAACAUGUAUCGAUACCUUGCAUCGUGUAAGAAAAACCACCAAAGAGGAAAACGAUGCUCUUUUAAAAUUGGGCAAACCGCAACAAGCCAUUUUCAAUAAAUAUGCUCAAGAAAAAUAUUUUUCUGUAUCAUUAAUCGACAUUGGUGAACAUGAAUCGCCUAAAUUACUCCCAUAAUUUAUUACUUAAUUCCUAUGAUAAUUAUCCUAAUACUCUGACCCAUAAUACUGUGAAUUGUCAUAUAAACUUAAUUUGGUACUCUGAAGCUCCCUGCUAAACGUGGACGUCUUUGUAAAAUGUUAACCAAAAAAUCAUGAGGUGGAUCCAUCAAAUUUAUUUAAUCAUAUAAAAUAAAGCAAUGUAUUCAUUGACCUAAAUGAUUGAUCCAUUGACAUUGAUUUGCUUGGAUAUCUAAGCUUUCAAGUUUAUCAGUGACAAUAAAUCAAUAAUUAUAAUAAAACUCAUAAUAUUUUAACAAAACCCUUAAAACAA